AGGGCAGAAGGUGGUUGGUUCGAUGCGCGCCAACUCGCGAGAGAACACCACCGUGGUCGCUACCAUCAGCGCUGAUGGUCACACCUGGGCACCAACCAUUAUCUUCAAAGGGCAACGACUUCAGGCCGAUUGGUUUGUAGAGCGAAACGGCCCGGAGGGUGCGAGGUACGCCUGCACAAAAUUUUCGUUCAUGCAGGGAGACGUAUUCAUCGCCUACUUGAAGGAAUUCCACAAGCAGCUCGGCGACCGAAUGUUGCUCGACGGAAACCCCACAUACUCUUACGAUGGACAUGCAUCACACGUGAGCGUGGAGGUAAUCAGGCUGGCCAUGAAUCUCAAAAUCAUCUUGUCACAGCUACCCUCCCACACGUCGCACAUCACCCAGCCCUUGGAUGUCGCCGCCUUCGGACGCUUUUAGAAAUCGGUGACCAGAGUUUUGGCGUCCUUCUACCACAACUCCGGCG